GAGAUUUCCUGGUUGGCUUUAUUUAUGUAACAUACUUCAUAAAAGCACUUUCUACUGUCUCAUUAAGAGGAACAUGGCUGAUGGUGACAUGCAGAGAGGUGGGGACACUGUAGAUGCUGCAGUUUGUGGAAAUGGGGAAAAUGCAGAGGCUGCAGGAAGUUGCAAGACUACUGAGGAAAAGGACUGGAACAGCAGUAAACCAGAAACCUCAGAUGUUUACCGCUACAAGAUGGACUACCCCUGCAUUGGCACCUGUGUGAUUAUCAACAACAAGAACUUCCACUCAAAAACAGGGAUGGGCACUCGUAAUGGGACAGAUGCUGAUGCUGCCAAUGUUGCAAAGACCUUCCAAAACCUGGGUUACAAGGUCAAAACAUUAAAUGACCAGACUGUGGCUGAGAUGAAAAGGCUGUUGUUAGACGCAUCCAAAGAGGACCACAAGAACAAUGCAUCAUUUGUGUGUGUGAUGCUUAGUCAUGGGGAUGAGGGUGUCAUAUACGGCACUGACGGCUGUGAAAAGUUUGAUACGCUGGUACAGUGCUUCAAAGGAAAGCAGUGCAAGGGUCUGGUGGGGAAACCAAAGCUCUUCUUCAUACAGGCAUGUCGUGGUUCAGCCCUGGAUGAGGGAGUCAUUGAGACCGACAGUGUAGGAGACGAGCAGACGUCUGAGAAGAUUCCUGUGGAGGCCGACUUCUUAUACGCCUAUUCCACCGCUCCAGGAUACUACUCAUGGAGAAACACAAGCAACGGCUCCUGGUUCAUACAGAAGUUGUGUGAGAUGUUGGAGCGCUACAGUGGGAAGCUGGAUCUGAUGCAGAUCAUGACGCGAGUCAGCCACGGUGUUUCACGCCAGUUUGAGUCGUCCUGCAACCUGCCUGGAUUUAGCAACAAGAAGCAGAUCCCCUGUAUCGUCUCUAUGUUGACCAAAGACUUUUACUUCCCUGUCUAGAUUUACAUGGUUAAACCUAAUAUCUACCCUCUGGCCACCUUGAAUGUAUACAGUCUGUUGUGGUGUUCUGAGCAGGAUAACAAUGAUUUAAUUGUCACUAUACCCAAAUGCACUUUGCACUGAGGUAAAAACACAUCAGUGUUGGAUGAUUUUAGUGUUUGGUCUUGUUUGGGAAACACAAAACACUAUUAGUUCCAUAGUUAAAAAUAUAUUACAAUAAAAAAACUUAUACUGAUGCGACAGCUUCCAUCUUUUGUCAUGUGAUCAUGCUGUAUGUUUGACACUUCAUUGUGUUGCAAUGGCCCAAAGUCCAGACCUCAACCUGACUCAACUGUUUACAUGCAGUAUCUCUCACAGAGGAAACUUUAAUAUCACCUGUCAAAAUCGCAUUUGUUUUAUUCUGAAUUUUACACACAGGAAUAAGAUCAUUGAUCCAACUGACCAAAUCAUUCACACAGCUGGUUUGAAACGUUUGAAGAAAAUUCAGGUCAGCUGAUGGUUCAGUAGUAUUUGCUUUAAAAGCAUAUGUGUGGAUAUAACCUGUAACAUAAUGCUACCACAAACACACCCGAGAUCGUAUGUAGAGCAAAGUUGCACCAGCAAUGUCUAAACUAAAGCAUUAUGGAAAAUUACAUGGGAUAAAUUAUCAAUAUGUUUAAGGGACAAGUAAAGA